CAUAGGCACUUUUCCAUUCACUAAUCUUCCUCUCCGUGGGAUAUUCCCCCACCGUUCAGGACAUUCUUCCAAACUUAGGCAGUACCAUUCCCGACCCUCUCACGUCAGGAACACUUUUCUAGCCAGCGGAAAACAAGUCAGAAUAUCUGGAGUUUACAGGGUCACACUGACAGAAUAAGUUACUGACUUUCGGUAAAUACACUGGAGCUGGGCAGUGAGGGACAUUGACAGUGAUGGGAACUCCGAUCAGUGAUUUACUGAAGGGUUUAAUGUUUCCUGAAAUAUCCGAGUGAAAGAAAUUCCCUCAGACCCACGGUUUGAAUCACUUUGUUCAUCAAUCUGUCUGUUUGUGUUUAGACUUGGGACGAAUGACCUGGGAGAUUCAGGAGUGAAACCGGUGUCUGCAGCUCUGAGGAACCCGGAGUGUAAAAUACAGAAACUGUGGCUGAGCCGUAUCAGUCUCACAGAUUCUGGUGCCGAGGAUCUCGCUUCCGCUCUCAGUACAAACCGAUCACUGACGGAGCUGAAUAUGAGUUAUAAUAAACUGGGAGAUUCAGGAGUGAAACUGGUGUCUGCGGCUCUGAGGAACCCGGAGUGUAAAAUACAGACACUGUGGCUGCGGGAUGUCGGUCUCACAGAUUCUGCUGCCGGGGAUCUCGUCUCCGCUCUCAGUACAAACCCAUCACUGUCGGAUCUGAUCCUGGGAUCAAACUCUCUGACAGACCGAUCUGUCCCCGGUCUCCGCCGCCUCAUACAGACCCUCCCGAGUCUGAAGUGGAUUCUGCUGUGGGGGAAUCAGUUCAGUGAGACCGGGGAGAAGGAACUGAGAUCUCUGCAGGAACCCAGACCUGGACUGAGAGUGUCCGUGUGAACAUCUGAAUGUGUGAACAUCUGAACGUGGGGAAUCGGUUCAGUGAGACCGGGGGGAAGGAACUGAGAUCUCUACAGGAACCCAGACCCGGACUGAGAGUGGAUCUGUGAACAUCUGAAUGUGGUGAAUCGGUUCAGUGAGACCGGGAGGAGGAACUGAGAUCUCUCCGGAAACCCAGACCCGGUCUGAGAGUGUUCCUGUGAACAUCUGAAUGUGUGAAAAU